AUGAACGGCACACAUUCGCCCGACAUGAUCAGCCGGUUUCGGGACCUGAAACUGCUCGAAUCCGGCGAGGGACCACGGCCGGAUCCGUCCCAGCACGAGGAAACCAGUCACCAUCGGCAGCAGCGUUCGUUCGGCGCUCAGUCGGCCGCCACCAAGUCCCAGUUCAUUCCGGCCAUUUGUAACUUUCAAACGGCGCGGAAAAUGGCACAGGAAAACCUCGAACAUCAGCCGCUGCCGGAUGCAGUGAUCGAUAUUGCAUUUCGGAAAGCGCAGGCAGCCGGUUUCCCGAACCCGGGCAUGGAGCUUAGCGUAGGGCCGUACGCAACUGGUGUUGGCUGCAAGAACUACAAGGCAGGACCCACCAAGUGCACCAAGUACCGGGUUUAUCGACCGAAAACGUGCGGCGUCAUACCGAAGGUGCCGAGCGCGUUGGACACACCCGAGCGGCCGGAAAGUAUGCGCGUGAAGAAGAAGGUCGGUGCGAUGGAUUUGGCCAUCGGGUGGGAGUUCCGCACCAAGCAUGAGCCACGGUCGCAAACAUACAUGGACGGUUCGAAACCCUCGGUAGCGCCACCAAUCUUCGAAGUGGUCGAGCCUGCCAAGGACCUAAACCUGCCUGCGGUGGUACACGCUGGCGGCGUCUUUUCGAACACCUUGGGCGAGGAGGACUUUUUCGACCGCGACGUUAUUCGGCAGCACAAGCGCCUGGUGCGUCCGACCAGCAACCGUUGCAAGUGUGGCAAUAGUUCGGCAAGGUCCUCCAAAUCUCCGAAUGUGGCGCGGCAACAUGGACAGCAGCAGCUGCAGCAUCGAAAGAAUGGAAGCGGCCGUGACCGGCAACAAGCACUCCAACAGCAGCACCAGCACCAGAAACACCACGACGAACCAGCUACGACGGAGAUCAACAACAACAACCUGCCAGCCGUUAGAGGGUCAGCAAGGUCGCACGGUUCAUCGCAGGGGAAGGAAGUCGCCGAACUGCAACGCCACGGCGGCAGCGCGAAUUCGAUGGAGCGCAAGAUGCACGAAGCAGCGGCCAAACACGCGGAACGGAUCGAACGCUUCUGCCACAAGUUCGUGCCGGAGGAAUUCCCGUACAACUUCCAUCAGGAGUAUCGGUGUGCGUUUAAGGCCGGCAUACCGCAGAGCAAUGUGUCCGGUACGCUUAGUAGCUUCGACACCGGACCGAACGGCCAUCAGCGUAAACCGGCCGACUACAAGAAGCUGCUGCACAUCCCCAAGCCCCGUGAACCGUACACGAAGAAGAACUACGUGAUCGACACGCUAGCGCCACCGUUCGCCUUCUGGAAGAAGGGUUCCGGCUAUCCGGACUACUGGCGGCUCAUCAGCGUGUACCAGCAGGCGUACAAUAAGCCGAUCGAGAAGCGGAAAUACCCAUUGCUCAAAACCGUCUACCAGUAG